CACAGUCUCGCGAGAUGAGACUUGUGAGUCUGGAUGUGCAGGUCGGCAGGAGCCGAAGAGCUGGACAUUUAAAUGGCGUUGCGGGACGUUUAAACAGCGAUCCUGGACUGCGGGCUGUGUUGAGAAAACCGGGACUGUCCCGCGAAAAGCGGGACUGCUGGGCGGUGUCAUGGAUGAACUCCAUAGCUUGGACCCCAGGCGGCAGGAAUUGUUGGAGGCUAGAUUUACAGGGGGAGUAAGUGGCAGCACUGGAAGCACAGGGAGCUGCAGUGUUGGAGCAAAAGCAUCAAACAAUGAGAGCUCAAACCACAGUUUUGGAAGUCUGGGUUCUUUAAGUGAUAAAGAGUCAGAGACUCCAGAAAAAAAGCAGCCAGAUUCAAGAGGAAGAAAGAGGAAGGCAGAAAAUCAGAGUGAAAGCAGUCAAGGAAAAAACAGCGGGGGACGCAGCCAUAAAAUAAGUGAUUAUUUUGACUACCAAGCUGGAAAUGGUUCCAGUCCUGUAAGAGGCCUGCCUCCCUCAAUCCGGUCUCCUCAGAACUCACACUCACAUUCCACUCCUUCAUCCUCUGCUCGACAGAACAGCCCUUCCCCCACUGCAUUAGCUUUUGGAGAUCAUCUACUUAGCCAGACAAAACAGUUAUCAUAUAAACUAGUUCAGACGGAUCUUACAAUGCUGAAAUUAGCUACUCUAGAAAGUAAUAAAAACCAAGACCUGGAAAAAAAAGAAGGAAGAAUAGAUGAUUUGCUCAGGACGAACUGUGACCUUAGGCGACAAAUAGAUGAACAGCAAAAAAUUCUUGAAAAGUAUAAAGAGAGAUUAAACAAGUGCAUCUCAAUGAGCAAAAAACUUCUUAUUGAAAAGAGCACCCAGGAGAAGCUUGCAAGUAGAGAGAAGAGUAUGCAGGACAGAUUACGACUGGGACAUUUCACCACAGUCCGGCAUGGAGCCUCUUUUACUGAACAGUGGACAGAUGGCUUUGCUUUUCAAAACCUUGUCAAGCAACAGGAAUGGGUGAAUCAGCAAAGAGAAGAUAUUGAAAGACAAAGAAAACAACUGGCCAAGCGGAAGCCGCCAUCAUCAAACAGUUCUCAGACUCCCUCUGCCAACUCAGAACCAAAGCAGCGGAAAAACAAAGCUGUAAAUGGAGCUGAAAAUGACCCCUUUGUAAAACCAAGUUUACCACAGUUAUUAACUUUAGCGGAAUACCAUGAACAGGAAGAAAUUUUUAAGCUUCGGUUAGGUCAUUUAAAAAAGGAAGAAGCCGAAAUCCAGGCAGAGUUGGAAAGAUUAGAGAGGGUUCGAAAUCUUCAUAUACGGGAGCUUAAAAGAAUAAAUAAUGAAGAUAAUUCACAAUUUAAAGACCACCCUACACUGAAUGAACGGUAUUUAUUACUACAUCUACUAGGUCGAGGCGGCUUUAGUGAAGUGUACAAGGCUUUUGAUCUCUAUGAACAAAGAUAUGCUGCUGUGAAAAUACAUCAACUAAACAAGAGCUGGAGAGACGAAAAGAAAGAAAACUACCACAAGCAUGCCUGCAGAGAGUACAGAAUACACAAAGAACUGGAUCACCCCAGAAUAGUUAAACUUUACGAUUAUUUUUCCUUGGACACAGACACGUUUUGUACAGUGCUAGAAUACUGUGAAGGUAAUGACCUUGACUUCUACCUAAAGCAACAUAAGUUGAUGUCCGAAAAAGAAGCCAGGUCUAUUGUAAUGCAAAUAGUCAAUGCACUACGUUAUCUCAAUGAGAUCAAGCCUCCCAUCAUCCACUACGAUCUAAAGCCAGGAAAUAUUCUUCUUGUGGAUGGAACAGCUUGCGGAGAAAUAAAAAUCACCGACUUUGGUUUGUCCAAGAUAAUGGAUGAUGACAGCUAUGGUGUGGAUGGAAUGGACUUGACUUCUCAAGGAGCAGGGACAUACUGGUAUCUACCACCAGAGUGUUUUGUCGUGGGCAAGGAACCACCAAAAAUCUCCAAUAAAGUUGAUGUGUGGUCUGUAGGAGUCAUCUUUUUCCAGUGUCUCUACGGCAGAAAGCCGUUUGGCCACAAUCAAUCUCAACAGGAUAUCUUGCAGGAAAAUACAAUAUUAAAAGCCACAGAAGUACAGUUUCCAGUGAAGCCUGUUGUAACCAAUGAAGCCAAGGCCUUUAUUAGACGAUGCUUAGCAUACCGCAAGGAGGACAGGUUUGAUGUCCACCAACUGGCUAACGAUGCGUAUCUUCUCCCGCAUAUGAGAAGAUCCAACUCUUCAGGAAACCUACAUAUGUCUGGGCUCGUGGCCUCUCCAACAACCCCUACAUCAAGCAUCAUUUCAUACUGAUAUUCACACCAAGGCUGGCAUGAUUAUUCGUUACAUAGCUUUCCGGCGCAGCAUUUUUUUGCUUGACGAUAAAGGAAAACCAAGAAGGAGUUUGAAGAUAAUUGUGUGUUUUGGGGGGCAGAUUUUUUUUUUCUCUGUAGUGUUAUUAAUAUGGCAAGAGCGAAUGAGACUGUGAAUAAAUUUACCAUUUGACUGUAAUGUGAUUUGGCAUUGGCCUCAAUUCAUUGUCCUACAAAGCCAUUUUCAAAGUAAUGAGGGACAAUGCUAAGGUUGUGUUCCUACACAAGUUUGGGGCCACUGUCAAGAUAUACAUGUUUGUUCCACCAACCACAUGCAUUCAAUAUGGACAGAAUUAAAUAUAAUGAGGGGAAAAAAAGCUUUCUCCAGAGAGGACAUUGUAUAUAAACUUUGUAAUACUGCAACACGAUUGGUUGAUACUGGAGAGUUUUAGCACGAAGGGCAUUUUUCAUUAUUUAAAAAAAAAAAAAAAGGAAUAAAAAUACACUUCUGAUUAUGGGCACAAGGCACCCGAGUGAUCGCAAACCCAUUUAUUUAAACCAAAGCUGAAUAUAAGAGGGAUUCAUACUUUAUGUUUGGAGUUUUAACAUAUUCCAUAAGAAUCCUUCACAUUUCACUGUGAUGUUUUUUUCCCCCUUUCAUUUGAAAUUGGCCACCCCCAUCCAAUUCCCACAAGUUCCUUUUAUGGAUCAUUCCACUUGAUACCUGUGAUUCAUUUGUUUUUCUCUCUCUCUCUCUUUGUUACAUUGCCAUAAAACACACAAGAGGUACCAAAACCUUCAAUAAAAUGUUCUAUGCAGGAUAAUGAUAAAUUCCCUUCUCGCACUCAUGUAUAUUGUUGUACAGAUGUCCAUUUCAGUUAUCCAUGUCCUUUCAGCAGCCGUUUGCCCUUGUACAAAUGUUUAAAGUAUGGCUUUUUCUAAUUUGAACUUUUUUUUUUUUUUUUUUUUUUAAGUCUCCUCGAUGGCGCUUUUUUUUGCUGCUAAACAAUGUUGCUUUGAGUACAUUUUUUGUUGCGAACCAAUAGAAUUGCCCUAUUUAAAAGUGGCAAUUAAAAAAAAAUCCCAGAUUAAUUCAUUAACAAUCUAGCAUGUGUACACAUCUGUAAAACAUAUACACAGUACUGUAAGCCUGGUUUAUUUUGCUCUGUUACCUGGAGCAAGUUACUGAGACUUUACAGAGGAUCUGAAAGAUUCUCCAUGUAGGAGGCUGCAAGUAGGAAAUACAUUAAGUGAAACCUAUUCUGCUUGGCUUAACACGGUGUUAGAAAACAGCAGAUUCCUUUCAGCAUAAACUCCUUUCUAGGACGCUGUGUUUCUUUAUUGCACAAGUAAAAGGAGAGACCCUUCAAUGCCAGAGUAGGCAACAGUAGUGCAUUGGUCUUGCAAUAUAUUGCUCUUUUCUGUAGCAUAUAAGGGGACUAGUCCUUAAUUUCAUGCUGUUAAAAAAGAAAUUUGUGUCAUUUUGUUCAUGUUACAGAAGAGGAAGCUUGUAUUAACACAGGUUACCAUUUAAUAUUGUACAGUUCAUUGUGGCUCUUGUUUCUGAUGUUGCAACCAAUUUUAAUUUUUUUUCAUUGUACAUAAAUAUACAUUAACUGUCUCUUUAAGAUGCUGCUGAAAAUUGUAGAGAAUGUAGCCAAAACAGUAAUAAACAAUGAAAGUUGAAAUUUCAAA